AUGUCGAAGCUAGAACACCUCAAGAAGGAAGUUUCGAAAUAUGACUAUGUCCGGUUUUCUCUCUGCGAUCUGAAUAGCAUAAGUCGUGGUCAAGUGAUCCCAAAUCGCUUUGCUGCAAAAUAUAUCAAAGAUGGCUUAGAUAUAUUUGAAGGAAUACUGGCACAGGGUCCGAAGACAGAUUAUGUUCUCAUAACCCAUGAAAAGAACUAUAACUUUGGCAACAUGCGUAUGCUUCCCGACCCUGAUACUCUCAGACCAAUUCCCUGGGCACCAAUGGGGAUCAAGGUUGCUGAAAUAUUAUGCGAGUCAAGAUGGAAGAAGGACAAUUCUCCACAACUGGCUUGUCCACGCUAUAUUGCCAGGAAGCAACUUCAGAGAUUAGAUGAUCUUGGAUUGGAUUUCUAUUCUGGCAAUGAAAUUGAAUUUAAGCUCCUUGAUGAAACCCUGAAUCCAGUCUAUUAUGCCAGGGAGGGUUUCAACCAGAGAGUAUUUAACAAGCACAGCAAACUUUUAUUUCACUUUGAUAAAAACUUUCAAGAAUCCAAUAUUGAUGUCGAAAGCUACCAUGCGGAAAAUACGGAUGGAAUUUUUGAAGCUGUCACAAAGCCAAAGUUCGGAAUAGAAAGCCCUGAUAUGGUCUUUAACCUAAAAGAGGGUCUGAUGGAAAUGGCAGAUCUUAAAGGUUUCAAAGUAACCUUCAUGUCUCAUUACAGUAGUGGAGAAGACGGAAUAACCACCCAUUUCAACUUUUCGCUCUGGAAUAAAUCUGGAGAAAACGUGUUCUAUGAUGAUGACGCUCUGGAUAACCUAUCGACAAUAGCAAAACAGUGGAUUGCUGGAAUUUUAAAGCACAGUAAAGCUAUCUGUGCGUUUACCAACCCAACGGUCAACUGCUACAGGAACUUCUUCAAAUUGUUCUCCCCUUUACACAUUUACUGGGGAAUAGAAGAUCGAGAAGCAUGUCUCCGCAUCAAGAACAAAACGCCUUCCACAACCUACAUAGAGAACAGACUUCCUAGUGGAAAGAGUAAUACAUAUCUCGUGAUGGCGUCUAUCAUUGCUGCUGGGCUGGAUGGAGUCAAUAAGAAAAUGGAAUGUCCAGCCCAGGGAAAAUCAAAAGACACUGAAACGCUUCCUUGUUCCCUUGCCGAAGCUCUGGCGGAACUGGAACAGGACUUAGACCUGUGCCAUGCUUUGGGGGGAUGA